AUGUAUUCCGAUCUGCAUGCUUAUCUGAUCGUGGUGCUAGGGCUAGCGAUCGUACUGGCACCGACGCUGACCAACGGUCAGGUAGGUGAUAUUGCGCGACCCAUCGAAAGCAAGGAGCUAAAGUGCCUCGUGUGCAAGGCAUCCAUGGCGGAAAUGGAGCUGGCCGCCUCGAAGGUGGAUCCGAACAAGAAGGUCGAAGUUGGCGAUUACCGGCUAGAUACGACGGGUGAAUCGAAAAAGAAGAAAAAGAUCCUGUAUGCCAAGUCGGAAAUGUACCUGACGGAGAUGAUGGAGACGGUGUGCGAUCGGAUGGAUGAUUACGCGAAGGCCCGCUACAAGAAGAAUGGCCGACCGGUGGUGAUGAAGAUGAUGACCGAUGGUGGCAUGAAUCCGGACAUGGCAAACGUCAACUUCGUGCAGGAGGGCGAUCUGAACAAAACGCUCAAGCAUCUGUGUUUGGAGAUUGUGGAGAACUACGAUGAGGAUAUUAUCCGGAUGUUCCAGGAGGAGGUGGUGAAGGAUACGGACAUUCGGUUAUGCUCGCAGGUGGCCAAAUACUGCAAAGAGCAACCGAUCGACGAUGAGUACGAGUACGAAGAAAGUGAAGAGAAUCGCGAUGAGCUGUAG